CGCAACUUCACAAGCAAUGAUACGCUUUCAGUUCUUCACUGGUACACGAUGUAUUAAACUACAACAUUUAGUUUAGUUUCGACAAGUGAGAUGCUCUCAGAAUGAUAGGAGUCACCGAAAGUGUGCUGCUAAUCUGUUAAACCCAAAGUGACACACACUUCCGUGGUUCGUGAUCGCGAUUACGGAAGCCAAAACCCGUGAAUGCUCUUGCGUUGUGUAGUCUCUGGACGCUCCGCGGCGGUGUGGUGGAAGAUGGCGCUAGCCGAAUGGAAAUCCUAAUGACAGUCUCCAAAUUUGCCUCUUUUUGUACCAUGGGCGCCAAUGCCUCUGCUCUGGAGAAAGAGAUUGGAUCUGAGCAGUUUCCGGUCAAUGAGCACUACUUCGGCCUGGUCAAUUUUGGGAACACCUGCUACUGCAACUCGGUGCUGCAGGCUCUGUACUUCUGCCGGCCGUUCCGGGAGAAGAUCUUGGCGUACCGCAGUCAGCCUCGGCGGAAGGAGAACCUGCUCACCUGCCUGGCAGACCUGUUCCACAGUAUUGCCAACCAGAAGAGGAAAGUGGGCGUCAUACCCCCCAAGAAGUUCAUCACGCGACUGCGCAAGGAGAAUGAGCUGUUUGAUAACUACAUGCAGCAGGAUGCCCACGAGUUCCUGAACUACCUGCUCAACACCAUCGCGGACCUGCUCCAAGAGGAGAGGAAGCAGGAGAAGACCAAUGGCCGCCUUGCCAACGGCACACUGGACUCCCAGAACAACAACAGCAAUGCCACGCCCGCUCCCACCUGGGUCCACGAGAUCUUCCAAGGCACUCUGACCAAUGAGACCCGCUGCCUCACUUGCGAAACGAUAAGCAGCAAAGAUGAGGACUUUCUGGACCUUUCAGUGGAUGUUGAACAGAAUACCUCCAUCACACACUGCCUCAGAGGUUUCAGUAACACGGAGACUCUGUGCAGUGAGUACAAAUACUACUGUGAAGAAUGUAGAAGCAAGCAAGAGGCACACAAGAGGAUGCGUGUAAAGAAGCUACCAAUGAUCCUGGCUCUGCACCUGAAGCGCUUUAAGUACAUGGAGCAGCUGCAGCGCUACACCAAGUUGUCAUAUCGCGUUGUCUUCCCCCUGGAGCUCCGCCUCUUCAACACCUCCGGGGACGCAACCAAUCCUGAGAGGUUGUACGACCUGGUUGCUGUGGUGGUGCAUUGUGGGAGUGGUCCAAACAGAGGUCACUACAUUGCCAUUGUGAAAAGCCACGACUUCUGGUUGUUGUUUGAUGAUGAUAUUGUAGAGAAAAUCGAUGCUCAGGCCAUAGAAGAAUUCUACGGUCUGACCUCUGAAAUCUCCAAGAACUCUGAGUCGGGCUACAUCCUGUUUUACCAGUCCAGAGAUUAAAUGUUUGUGCUUCACCGCGUAAACCAGGAGAGAUGCUUUGUUCCCUCUUUGGUGGGGCGCGUUUUCGGGGGGGAAGGGAGGGGGCAGCAGACUGAAAAUACACCACGGCAGCCCGCAUGGUGUCGUACCUGCCCCCGCGCAGCUGUAAUUCAUACCUGUGCUUUUUUUUUUUUUUUUUUUAUUAUGGUAACGCACUCAGCGCUGCAGCUCAGCCGUGGACGUCCCUCCCCCCUUCCCCUCCCCUCCCCUCCUCCAGUACGUACCAGCUGACCCCGCUGGCCUCUCAUGAGUCCUUCCCGUCCCCCCCGCCAUCCACCGCUGCUGCCGCCGCCGCCAGGACAAUGAGACGAUAAUGAAUGCAAACUGUGUCAAAAUUGUUUAAAAAAAAAAAGAAACAAAAGAAAGGAAAAAGAAUGAGGGUUGUACAGAUGUUGGUUGCUUGUAUGAGUGGCGUUCUAGUUUUUGCCUUGGGUGUGGGGUGAAUGGGUAUUUAAUAAUUCAUAUGAUGUAAUAUUGGCCUGGCAUCUUCAACUCCCACCCCCCACCCCCCUUUAAAAAAAAAAAAAAAUGUCAAGCCAGGAUGUGCUGAGAGUGGAUCAUGUUUUUGAUCACUGAUGUAAAGAGAAAACCGAUGGGGGGGAGGGUGGUGGGGGGGUGUCCUACAUACAGGGCACACCGGGCUGUGUAUUUCUACAGUGUACAGAAUGGUAUUUGUAUAAAUAUUACAAGAAGAUAAUAUUAUCAUUGGAAAAUGUUAGACCUUGAGAAGAUGUAUUAACACUAUGGUGCACUUUUGAUACUGUUUUGUAGGUGUUGGAAAGCUUAAUGUGAGGGUUUGCUUGAAAAGGCCUGUUGUGAAGCGAUCAUUUUCUGUUUUAAAGAAAAAGAAAUAAAGCCAGUAAGAUUGA